AUGGGCCAGCUUCCAUACUGGCAUUCGGUAGAAUUAUCCGCAGGAUCAAGGCCUGUAUUGAGAGAGAAUGAAGUGGACUUGUUGGUGGAAAAUAAUAUUGGAUUAUAUCAAGGUAAAUCUAAAAUAUUAAACAGACAGAAUGGUCGUUUAUAUUUGACAUCUCAAAGAUUGAUUUACAUUGACAAUUUGAAUGCAAAGGAAUAUUCUGUAUCAAUUGAGCAUCUUGAUAUUGAUAGAUUGGAGUAUACUCAAAAGUUUUUAAGAUCUUCUCCAAAGAUUACAAUCUUUUUAAAGAAAUACCAUCGGAAAGAUAAAACGAAAUCUUCAAAAGAAACUCCAAAAUAUAAAACAAUUCCAUGGAUUUGCCCCAUUUGCUCAUACUCAAACUCUGUUACAUCACAAAUCAACCCAAAUAACCAAGAUUAUCUACCUGUUUGUGAAACUUGUGGUAUCAAAUCAACUCCAGAAAUUAUUCAAGAUGCUUUAGAUUCAACAAGAUCAUCAAUUACAGCUGAACCGAGCUCAAAAAUACCCAAUGAAGUAUUUAAUGCAAGUAAUUCAGCUCCAAGUCAAAUUUCAUGCCCCACAUGUACUUUUCUGAAUCAUCCUUCGCUUAGAAACUGUGAACUAUGUGGAACGAUUUUGCCAUUGAAUAAAGUCAAUAAUAAAUCACAAGAUGAAAACCAAUUAUUCGAUGAUCGAAUUAAAAUUGAAACAGAAUCAUCCGAUGGACUUGAUGAAAAUAAAGCAAUACAGCCAUUUAUUAAAAUAAGUUUCCAUAAAACGGGAGAUAAAUUUUUCUUCACCAAAUUACAAGAAACUCUGGAGAAAUUCAAAUGGGAAAGAGUAGUAAAUUCUGGGAAUGUAAAUAAGGAUGCCAAAAAAGUCACAAAUUCAUCAAGUUCAAAUGAUUCUUCAAGAUUAGUAUCUGCAAACAACUCCACUAUUGGAUUUGGUAUACAUAAACUUGCACAACAAGAGGAAAUCAAAACCAAGAAAAAUGAAUUAAUUAUAAAUUCUUCAUUAGAUGAUCUUCAAGCCUUAUUGAAUAAGGCAAAUGAAAUUUUAGAAUUGACUGAAUCUUUCAAAAAGAUUAAUCCUCAAGAUGGUCAACCUAAAAUCACAAAUAUUAAUCAAGUCACUAAAAAUCUUUUAAAUGAAUCAAAUGAUUCUACAAGCCAGAAAUUAUACCUACAAGAGAUCUCAAGACAGCUAUCAGAUUUCUUAAUAAAUGAUAGAAUAUUAGAAGAGGAAGGAGGUAUAAUAACUAUGAUUGAUUUAUAUGCCUUGUAUAAUCGAGGUCGUGUGGGCAUUAAUUUGAUUUCCCCCGAAGAAUUAUAUAAAUCAUGUGAAUAUUUUCAUCAAUUGAAUUUACCAUUGGUAUUGAAAAAAAUAAAUAAUGUUCAAGUCGUACAAGAUGUGAAGUUUAAUACAGACACUAAAAUUAUUGAAGAUAUAAAGAAAUUUAUUAUCAAUUUUGGUGAUGAAGAUUUAGGAAGUUUCAAAUAUUCAAGUGUACUUAAAAUAAGUGACUCUUUUAAUUGGUCAUUGACAAUAACAGAGGAAAUAUUGAAAGUUGGUUUAGAUCUUGGUGAAUUAGUUGUUGAUCAACAAAUAUCCGGAAAAUUUUAUUAUUUAAAUGAGUUUCUUGAAUUAGAUUCCUUCGAUGAAAAUAGAUUCAAUACAAUUGGAGAACAAAAAAUUAUUGAUGAUGAAUCUAAUGGUAACCAGAGCACUGAUCCAACUCUUGAAACAAAUGAUACAACUUUACAAUUGCCAGAAGUUCCAAAGAAUCAACCAUUUCCUGAAGCUCCAUCACAUCUAGUUGAAUUUGAAAACAAAAAUUCAACAAAAUCAUCUUCUUUGAAACAGUUAGAAGGUCUACAAUUUUAA